AUGCUUCUGAAUGACAAAGACAUCAACGAUGAAACAAUGGUCAUCACGACAGAUGGAAGAACUUUUGAUUCGGAAUGGGAUGAUAAAGCAGUGGAUUUCUGGGAACGAUCGAUUGAUGAUGUCGAUGAGAAGUUUGAGGGUCGAAAAGUGAAACAUCCGGUAUCUUUUGCGGAUUUCGUUCCACAACAAUUCCGACAGCGAUUAUUGUCAUCCUCACUGUUUCCUCGGGAUCUCAUUGAACCAAUUAUUCACUGUUUUAUCAAUUCAGAGAUGAUCGAUAGUGCUUGUUCCCUGUCGAAUUUGAAUCUACUCGAAUACAACGGAUAUGGAGAUCCACCGGGUGAAUAUGAAAACGAAUUGAAAAAUGGUGGUUAUCGACCGUUUAUAAACUAUCUCAGGUCGUUUAUACCUGAUGAGAAACAAAUUCGUUUGAAUUGCGAAGUUCAACGUGUGAAAUACAUGGAAAGAGAAAGGAAAUUACUCGUUGAGAUGGUUGAUCUUCGAACUGAAGAGAAGAAAUUUAUGUUGUGUGAUCAAAUCAUUUGGACAACUUCAUUAGGAUUUUUGAAAGAAAAUUUUCAAAGAAUCUUUGCAAGUGAACGGUUACUUAUUGAACAAAAACAAAAUGCAAUUGAUCAAAUCGGUUUUGGAAUCUUAAACAAAGUUCAACAUGAAGAUCCGUGCUUUUCUCGAUAA